GCCCCGCUCGGGUCUGGCAGCGGGGGCGGGGAGAGCCGCGGGCGGCGUGGGUUAUGGCGGGCCGGAACCCGGGUACCGAGCUGGAUCUUGGCUGGAUCUCACAAGUGCAUGUGAAUCGACCUGCAAUUGAAAGGCAUGCAGAAGAAAUUAAAAAAGGGAAAACUGUAACAGGUAAUUGGCAAGCUGCUUGGCUGCUGAAAGCUGUCACCUGCAUAGACCUUACCACCCUUUCAGGGGAUGAUACUCCUUCAAAUGUUCACAGACUGUGUUUUAAAGCAAAGCAUCCCAUCAGAGAGGAUCUGCUGGAAGCCUUGGACAUGCAUGAUAAAGAAAGGUGUAAAAAAAUGGCCUGUUCUGCCUAUAAUGGAAGCACUUAUGGUAUUACUGUUGGAGCUGUUUGUGUAUAUCCUGCAAGAGUCAUUGAUGCUGUUAAUGCCCUAAAGGCUGCUGGUUGUAACAUCCCCGUAGCUUCAGUGGCUGCUGGGUUCCCAUCUGGACAAACUCCUCUAGAAAUCAAACUGGCUGAAAUAAAGCUGGCUGUGGAAUAUGGUGCCAGAGAGAUUGACAUUGUCAUUAGCAGGAGUCUGGUGCUGGCUGGCCAGUGGGAAGGUCUCUACGAGGAGAUCCGUCAGUGCCGUGAGGCCUGCGGAGAAGCUCAUAUGAAAACAAUCUUGUCAACAGGUGAACUGGGGUCCCUUGCUAAUGUCUACAAAGCCAGUAUGAUAGCUAUGAUGGCAGGUUCUGAUUUUAUAAAGACAUCUACAGGAAAAGAAGUGGAAAAUGCAACCUUUCCAGUCGGAGUAGUCAUGAUGCGAGCCAUUAGAGAAUUCUACUGGAAAACUGGCUACAAGGUUGGAUUUAAACCUGCUGGGGGCAUUCGGACAGCAAAAGAUGCUAUUACUUGGCUUAUGCUGGUGAAGAACGAGCUGGGAGUAGAAUGGCUAACACCAGAGCUCUUCCGCCUGGGUGCCAGUAGUUUGCUGGAAGACAUUGAGAAACAGAUUUUCUAUCAUGUGACUGGCUCUUAUGCACUUCAGCAUGACCUAGCAAUGGCUUAGACACAAAAUCAACUCAGGAUUACUUUUACAAAGGAGGUCUUUAAGCAAACAGCAUUCAGAAGGCUUCUGACAAGCAAGUGCAUAUGAUAGAAUUAAAAGGCUAAUUCUCCACUCUUCAUAUUUUAUAAUAUUUAAAAAUAUGC